CAUCACUCUUUCCUUCACCUCGAGGAUCUGUCUAUGUACCUAUCUACCUUUCCUCCUUUCUCUCACUCGUCUGUAUACGCCUCUCCAUCCCCUUACACGCUCUACUGCUCGUAUUGCCAGCGAGAAUCCCUCUCGCCAGCCUUGCAACCUUCCAAAGCCUCGUCCUUAUCAUCCAAAGCCUAGCUGGCAUCACUACUAAUAUCCAGUCCGCACGCGAAUGUCGACUUGCCAACUCAGAAUGGCUCAACAUUUUCACAUAACCCAUCUUUCUGCCCACAAACCAUCCUCCAAGGAGUCCAGUAGUCCUUCGACCAUUCUUCAACUCGCCAACCGGCUGCUACCUGCCGGUCCCAAAGAGUUGGAGGAUGGUCGAAACCCGAAAGAACCCGGGGGAUUCGUGCCUCGGGCUACUGUGAGUCAAGAGAACAGGGAGACACUUUCACCACCGCCGGGUGGGCUCCCAAACCAAAACAAAAAAGUCAUUGUCAUUGGUGCUGGCAUUGCCGGCCUUCGUGCUGCAUCCGUCUUGAGGGCUCACGGCAUCCAAGUCGUUGUGCUCGAAGCUCGCCCAGACCGCAUCGGCGGACGUAUUUACACGAGUAGGAAAGCGGGUCAUGGCCCAAGAGAUAUUGGAGCCGCCUGGAUGCACGAAACCGCGAACAAUAAACUUGUCCGCCUCAUUGGUCAGCUCAAGAUCGAGCACUACUACGACGAUGGCACUCCUCUGUACUUCACCAGAGAUGGUCGUCUUGGUUCACAGUUCAAAGCCAAAAAGGUCGCUGACGAGUUUGCCGAUUUCUGUGAAUGGUACUAUGAAGAGAACCCUGAUGCCGAAGACAAGAAUGUCCUCGAGUUCAUCAAUGAAUGGCUUUCUACCCAUCCUUUGGUGACGGAGGACGAGCGUCUCUGGGCACCUCAAGCUGCUCGUGAAGUCGAAGCCUGGAUCGGCACCAGUCUGGAAGUAGCCUCCUCCAAGCAUCUCAACUACUUCGCUACCGAGCGAAAUCUGUACAUGAAGGGAGGUUACGAUACCAUAGUCAACUGGGCUGCCACAAACCUUCGUGAUCCUGGCACUAUUCGACUUGGUCAUAAAGUGACGAAGCUCGACUGGACUGAUGACGACAACGAAUCCUGCGUGGUCCAUGUUUCCACCGACGACGGCAAGUCGUCGACCUUUGUUGCUGACGCUGUGGUUUGCACGCUUCCUCUAGGUGUGCUCAAACACAACCUCGUCGAGUUCAGCCCGUCUAUUCCCAAGGAAAUCACCACGGGUCUUGACAAAAUCAGCUUUGGUGCUUUAGGCAAGAUCUUCGUCGAAUUCGAGACUGUUUUCUGGCCCAAGGACAAUGAUCAAUUCAUAUACUAUCCCGAACCUAACGAGCAUUUUGACGAAAACUCAAUUUUUUCAUACAUGACCGUUACCAGCAACAACUGGAUUAUGAGCGGUACCAAAGAAUUAUCGGUUCAAAUUGUCGAACCACUCACGCAACGUAUCGAGGCCAUGAAAUCUGACAAAGAGAUAUACGCCUUUUUCGAACCACUGUUCAAACUAUAUCGCACCGAGCCCUACAAAAAGCUUCCUCCAGUCGUGAAUCUGGAAACGACACACUGGACUCAGGAUCCUUUUGCUGGCUUUGGUACCUACACAGCGGACAAGACGGGCGACGAUCCAGAGGGCUGGUUCGAUGCAAUGGAAAACAACAAGGCAAGCAAGCUGCAAUUCGCCGGCGAGCACUGCGCGCGUGCUGGAAAUGGAUGUGUGCAUGGUGCUUUCGCUACUGGUGAAACUGCUGCUGUCAACCUUUUGGCUCACUUUGGGGUUCCCCACAACGGUGGUGAUCUCUACAGUCGAAGACCAUCAAGGAAGACGACACCACCCAGACAUUAGACAGUGGACAUGUGGGCAGUCCUCGCAUGUUCUUUGAUGGUAUUCUGGGGAGGAGCACUCCUUGAGUUGGCUGACCGCUGACCUGGAAGUGCUGGCUGAAAUAUGUCAGCACCUGUUGUUGUUCGUUUUUGCAUUUUUCCUUUACCAGAUUGAUCGCCUGUUUGUUUGUUUUUACCAC